AUGGCGGACUUUACGACUGAAAAGAAGGAGCAGAGUGUUGAUGGUGAUCUUGAAGCUGUGAAGACAAGUUUUGAUAAUGGAGUGAUCGAGCUGGAAUCGAUGCCUCGGUUCUCUGCUGAGGCGGAGAAGAGGCUUGUGAGGAAGAUUGAUUUUCGGAUUCUUCCCAUCAUGCUGGUUGCGUAUAUGAUGUCGUUUGUGGAUAAGCAGACGUUGAAUUACUCUGCUAUUAUGGGUCUUCUGACGGACCUGAAGCUGCAUGGGACGGAGUAUAGUUGGACUUCGUCGAUCUUCUACUUUGGGUAUCUUGCGUUUAGCUAUCCUGCAUCACUACUGCUUGUCAAGUUUCCCUUGGGGAAGUACUUGGCGUGCACAUAUCUCUGCUGGGCCGUCGUCCUCGCAUGUCAUGCUGCUACCACGAACUUCACCGGACUCAUGGUCGCCCGGUUCUUCCUAGGCUGUGCAGAAGCCAGUGUAACCCCGGGUUUCGGCCUACUUACAUCUCUAUGGUAUCGCACGUCUGAACAACCACUGCGCCACGGUAUCUGGUUCUGUGGAAAUAGUUUGUCGUUGGUGCUUGGGAAUGCCAUUGCAGUGGGUAUCUGGCAGAUUCAGGACAGCUUAGCAUCAUGGAAGUGGAUGUUUAUCAUCUUCGGCAUUGUCACUUUCCUCUGGGGGUUUGUAAUGCUUCUCCGCCUGCCCGACUCACCCACAAAUGCUUCCUUCCUAACAGACGAGGAGAGGGUCAUUGCGCUGGCACGACUGAAGGCAAACAAAGCCGGGUACAAGAACAAUAAGAUCGAAUGGGGCCAGGUUAUGGAAGCGUUUACAGACUCGAAGACAUGGUUCCUGGCUGUGUUUGUUCUGGGCUGCAAUAUUCCCAAUGGUGGUUAUACGACAUUUUCAGGCCUUAUCCUUAAGGGCUUCGGAUACGACACCGAACAUACUCUACUGCUAGGCAUGCCUGGAGGAUUUAUCGUCUUCCUUAUCAUCUUGAUAUCCUGCUUCACCUCGACCAAACUCGCCAACAGCCGCUGCAUAACCUCCAUCAUCCUCACCUGCGUCAGCAUCCUAGGAACCGCCCUCGUCAACAGCACCAAAGCCAUCGCCUCCCGCUACAUCGGCCUCAUCCUAAUGAGCCUCUACUCCGUCAGUUUACCCCUCUCAAUGGCCAUGAUCAGCGCCAACAUCGGCGGCAUCACCAAGCGAGCCACCGUCAGCGCCAUAUACUUUAUCAUGUACUGCGUGGGGAAUAUUAUCGGCCCGCAGCUGUUUUUUGAGAGUCAGGCGCCGAGAUAUCAGAGUGGCUUUAUAGCCGUGUUCGUGUGUCUGGCCGUCGUGGUUGUGGAUCUUGUGGCGUUUGUGGUGUACUUGAGGUGGGAGAAUGCGAGGAGGGAUAGAUUGGGGAUGGGAAUGGGAGAAGGGGAGGAGAGGGAGGUGUUGGCUGAUGUUACGGAUCUGAAGAAUCCGGGGUUUAGGUAUGUUUAUUGA